GCCGUGCUAGGCCGUGCCGCUCCUUGCAGUGCCCCUCCGCGGCAGAGAGCCUGGCGACGUACCGGCGACAUCCCCGGCGCCACGCCCUCCUGUAAAUUGUGUACCCGUGUUUGUGUACGUAGCGCGGCUCGCAACGCGCCGCAACGCGCCUCAGUCCUGUUUGUGUAUCGCCUGGGCCGGGCGGGCCGCUCGCCGCCAGUGCAGUGCCCAGCGCGGCAGCGCCACUGUUUGUGUGAACCGCGUUCACUGUUUUGGUGAUACGACCCAAAUAUUGAAAGUUGAAGUGAACAGUGUUUGUGUGUGUCCCAGUGCGGAAGCCAGUGGGGCAGGUCGCGGCGCAAGACGGCGAAGCAAGGCGUGAUUAUGAACGCAGCGUAAAUGUUUGGGCGCGCAACAAAUGUUUGCGAGCGGCCGCUGAGCCGCGCAGCCGAGGCGUAGCCGCGCGCCAUGAUCAAGUGCGAGGAGCCCGCCCCGCUGGGGUCGCUCGGGUCCCUCGGCUCGCUGUCUUCGCUGUCCUCGCUGGGGGACUCGUCGGCCGGCAGCGGCUCGCUGCACCUGCAGCAGCACCUCCAGCACCUGCAGCUGUACCAGCAGCACCCCGGCGUGAUCCACCACCACGCCAGCAGCCUCGCGGGCAGCCUUGGCGGCAGCCACCACGGCCUGGACGCGGCGCCGCACCACCAGCUGCACCACCAGCUGCAGCAGACGACGCACCUGCAGUCGCACCUGCUGCCCGACGACCCGCCGCCCGCCGCCGCGCCCGUGCACGCCCCCGAGAAGGACAAGCCGACGCCGGCGGACUCGACCCCCGCGUCCUCGGCGGCCUCCACGCCGUCCACCGCCACCGCGUCCACCGCCAAGAAGAGCACCUCGGGGCUGCGGCGGCAGGAGAAGCCGCCCUACUCCUACAUCGCCCUCAUCGUCAUGGCCAUCCAGCACUCGCCGCUCAAGCGGCUCACGCUCAGCGAGAUCUACACGUUCCUGCAGAAGAACUUCCAGUUCUUCCGCGGCUCCUACCAGGGCUGGAAGAACUCGGUGCGGCACAACCUGUCCCUCAACGAGUGCUUCAUCAAGCUGCCCAAGGGGCUGGGCCGGCCGGGCAAGGGCCACUACUGGACCAUCGACCCCACGUCCGAGCUCAUGUUCGAGGAGGGCUCGUACCGGCGGCGGCCGCGAGGCUUCCGACGCAAGUGCCACGCCAUGCAGGCCGUGCAGGCCGUGCAGGCCUCGCUGCGGCCGCCGCUGCACCAGUUCCACCCGCCGCCCAGCCCCGCCUUCUUCGGCAACGGCCUGCAGGGCUCCGGGAUGCUGCACCAGGGCAUGCCCGCCUACGACAUGCAGCCCUGCGCCACGCCCUGCAGUGCGGCGUGCGGCGCGGCCUGCGGCACGCCCUGCAGCACCGCCUGCAGCACGGCGCCGGCCCAGGACUACGCCUGCACCUACUCGUCGUACGACUACGGCAUGGCCUACCAGCAGAACAUGGUGGACGCGACGCCGACGCCCACCCCCGCGCCCAGCCCCUGGUCGCCCUACGGCAACGGCAUGGCGGCGCCGGGCCUGGAGGGCUACAUGAAGGCCCCGCUCAGCCCCACGGGGCACGGGCACGGCCACGCCGCCAGCCACGGCGUCCACGGCGGCGCGCCCAGCCCCGAGAACAUGGACCUCGGCCGCGACCUCGGCCGCCCCGCCACGCCGCCCAGCUACUCGUACCACCAGUACGGCCUGCAGAGCUGCCUGCCCGCCGACCACCCAGGAGUCCGGUGCAGCCUGCCGCAGUCCUGCGACCGGAAACCCUUCGCCUCGCCGCCCUCCACCCCCGUGGGGGCCGUGGGGGCCGUGGGGGCGUCCCUCCCGGAGCCGGGCGUCCAGGGCCUGGUGGGCAUGGGCGCGCCCCUGAGCAUGGCAUCCGCCGUGUCCAGCACGCUGCCGUCGCCGCCCGCCGCCAACACCCCCCACAUCUUCUACGAGUCCGUCAAGUACUCGUCCUGA